CAACCUCCCCCUGUACUGCAGUCACUUCGCCAGCAUGGCACAGUGGAAAUGGCCCGCGUUUUACACGACGCCCAUGACGCAGGUGGUGCUUGUCGGCAUUACCUGUUUCGCGACAGUGGGCAUGUUCAGCGCCGUCUCUAACUUAGGCGCAGGAGGUCUCGAAGACGUUUCGCUCUCAGACACAGCGAACAGCGUGCUCUAUGCCAUGUUUGCCGUCACGGGUCUGGUCAGCGGUGGCAUUGCAAAUGUGCUCGGUCCUCGCCUAACGCUCUUCCUCGGCACACUCGGCUACGCUCUCUACGUCGGUGCGCUCUGGUGCUACCAGACACAGGGUACAUCCUGGUUCCUCAUUCUGGCGGGUGCCAUCCUGGGUGUCACCGCUGCGCUACUAUGGUCUGCACAAGGUGCCAUCAUGAUGAGCUACCCGCUCGAGAAAGACAAGGGCAAGGCGUUCUCUGUCUUCUGGGCAAUCUUUCAAUUUGGUUCGCUCAUCGGUGCUAUCAUUGCCCUCGCGAUCAACAUCAAGAGCGGCGGUCUCAGCUCGGUUUCCACUUCAACGUACAUUGCGUUCCUGGUCAUCAUAUUCGUCGGUGUCGCAUCAGCGUUCCUUGUCUUGCCUCCGAACCUCGUCGUCCGUGGCGAUGGAACACUCGUGAAGCUGCAAGCUGCCUCCAAGCCGCACGAAGAGAUCAUCGGCAUGUGGCGCGUGCUCAAGGACCGACGUCUCCUUGCGUUGCUCCCCAUGUUCUUUGCAUCGAAUUAUUUCUAUGCAUAUCAGGGUGCCAUCAACACUGCACGAUUCGACGCGCCGACCCGCGCGUUGAAUGCGGUUCUCGAAGGCGCCGGUGCGAUCGUCGGUGCUCUCAUGAUCGGCUACCUUGUGCUCGACAUUAAGUGGCUGAAGCGACGCACGCGUGGCUACCUCGGCCUCGGUGUCGUCACUUUCAUCACGAUCGCGGUGUGGGCGUGUGGCCUCGGGUGGCAAGCGUCGUUCGACCGCGCGAGGGCGAAGGAACUGCCAUACAUCAACUACAAGGACGCGGAUUACCGCGCGAAGGCCCCGCUGUACUUCUUCUACUACUUUGGCGACGCGUGCUACCAGGCGCUCGCGUACUGGAUCAUGAGCGCGCUCACGAACGACCCCUUCACGCUUGCGCGGUUCGCGGGUCUGUACAAGGCCUUGCAGAGCGCCGGUGCCGCAGGGAGCUUCGGCAUGGAUGCGGUGGAGACGCCGUUCCUGAACGAGCUGCUCGCGAGCUGGAUCAUGAUGCUGGCCUCGUUCCCGCUCGCGUUCCUCGUGAUCCGGACGAUCAAGGAAACGAACUACGGCGACGAGCAGAUGAUAUACGCCGAAGACGUGCAGCACGCUGCUAUGGAGCAGGGUGGCGCGACCGAGGGCGAGGUUGGGUCGAUUGAUAAGGAGAGGGAUGACAUCGUGGCCGAGACGGAGGUCAAGGCAUGAGCGACGCGACGUAAUGGACUCUUUGGGGUUUCUCUCUGCCACGAAGGUGCUCUUUAUGGCUUCUUGACACCGCAUUUCACGGACCUGCGCUCACGAACACCGCUGACGUUGUGCUGGCGCCAGUGUAUGAUACAAUUCCGGGCUUUUGGGAUGGGUCUCGCUGGGUGUGAUUACUAGAGAACAAUUCGAGUAUAAUUGCGAUAUAAUGUGCGCGUGAAUCGCGAAGAUCACUAGGACUCG